UUGGUUUUAAAUAUUUAAUGAAUUUUAUGAAUUUUAUAAAUUUAUUAUUUCUAAAAUUAUUUACUAUUUACAUAAAAGCAACUCAGACUUGCUAAACCAUUUUUUCGAAUUGACUUACGCCAAACAGAAAAAAGUAGUUUAAAGAGAUUUUUUUUAAAUGAAAAAGAAAUGCAUUUAUUGAUUGAGAUAACAACACACACAGUCUAUAAGAAAUAUAAGUGACAAGUUCAAACAAAUGAGAUACAAGUGCAUUUUUGUCUUUUUUUUUUUUCUCGUGUCAGAAAAAAGGGUAUGAGCUGCAUGUUUUAUCGACAUGUAUACGUUUCCGCCUGGGGCGGCAAAGCAUUCAUCAUGGAUAGAAUACAAAAAGAAAACAAAAAUGCUUACUUGUUCACUAUGAUAUUUACCUUUUCAACUAAAAAAAUGAUAAAGAGCACAAUUAAAGUGCUUGAAUGGCUUUAUAGUUUUUCAAAAGAAAAUUUUUUUCUUAGCUGACCGCUUUUUUCCUUGGCCAAUCAAUAGCUAUCUAUAGUGGUCACAAACAGUCCCAAAGACAAAAUUUCUUUGCGGUACUUGUAACCUGCAGCGUCCUUUGAAUAGAAGCUUAUCAUAUCCAAC